CCUCUUAUUGCUUUUCUGUUUUCUUUCCUUCCUUCACUUCCCUCGCCCAUCCUCUUGCCUCACAAACAUUACCAUGACACUCGAUGUUACGGGCCUGCACCCCUCGCAGGCUUUUCGACUGCAUACACCCCCAGGUUCAUCCAUACAAGCCGAUAUCGUCAAGGUCAAAGCACGACUCGACACCAAUACCGGCCAACACAUCGUUUUAUGGAGGGAUGUCCUGCUUUAUUUCAAGAAUGCUCAGUGUGCCAUGAAAGCCGGAGAAAUAGUAGCGUUCCUGACCGACGACAACUUUGCCAGCCUUAAGCCUCGGAGGAUCAACCAUCAUCCUGGAGUUGUGCUCGAUGUGGUUGUCGACAGUGCCAGAAAAAAUACCAUCGAUCGUGCAAGGGAGAAAGAGUCCCUCCGGCAAGCCGUAUUCACAGGGCCAGCCGCUCCCUCUUCCGCUAUGGGUAUGCCAACCAAGGCCAUUGACCUCUUGCGAUACACCUCGUCCUCGUAUGCGGCUGCUGAUGAGGCAGAAUCUGUUACACAACAAGUCACUGACCUCUCCAUAUUCGACCAGACGUCCUCGGACAAAGGUCCCGUUGUCUACUUAACCGAGAAGGCACCGCAGCUGACCAUGUCUCCCCAGGCCUACCUCAACCAGUACACUUUGCAGCUUCGGGACAUCCAGCGCGGUCAAAAUGACAUUGUCGCAGAAGUGCGCAAGAAUAGGUCUCUUCAAGAGCAGAUGUUUCUAUUGCAGCAGCAGAUGGAUGAGAAGCAGGUGCAAAUGCUUCAGAUGCAAAAGCAGGCCCUCGAUCACUUAACCAUCAUCCAAAGCCGUGUCCAGACCGUCCUUACACAGACCUAUGAGCUCCACGAGUAUCCUAUUCCACGGCUCUUCAUUGUUCUUCCAAAGGCAUCAAGGCGUCGUGACAAGCUGCUCAAUCCUUUCUCGGACCAGUAUCGUCUUUAUUUCUUGUGUGAAUGUGGCUCUCACACCAUGUCUAAGGGAGGGAACCAAGAUACCAAAUGAGAUCCACCUGGCCAAGCACGAAGGAUAUGACCUGAGCCGUCCGAACGAGUUCUUUGAAAAGUACGGAUCCUAUGUCCUGAUGCUGAUGCAGACGAUCAAGUAUGGGAUCAAAAUUGCCAGGGUGGUUGUACCACAGUUGGCACAUUUCAAGAUUACAGAUGGAAUCAAGGCGGUCGAGGAACAACUCAAGUUUGUGAAAAAGAACUUUGGACAACUGAUAGACAAUACAAUCGGCUUUAUUGAAGGCCAA